AUGAAGCGUAGUGAGGAUUUCACUGAAUUGGAAGAAGUAAAAGUACUCAGUAAAAGAAAAAAAGUGGAUAACGAUGAACGAAGUCGAAAUUGUCCCUACUUGGAUACAAUCAAUCGGUCGGUAUUAGAUUUCGAUUUUGAAAAGCUUUGCUCUAUUUCAUUGUCCAAUCAGAAUGUCUAUGCUUGCCUUGUUUGUGGAAAGUAUUUUCAAGGUCGAGGAAGUCACUCACAUGCUUAUACUCACAGCGUCCAAUGCUUCCACCAUGUCUUUAUUAAUCUACACUCCUUGAAGUUUUAUUGCCUACCGGAUGAUUAUGAAAUUAUUGAUUCUUCAUUGGACGACAUUAAGUACGUAUUAGAUCCGACAUUUAGUAACGAACAAAUUGAAGUUAUCGACAAAAUUGCCAAAUUAUCCAGAACUUUAGAAGGAAAAACUUACCUUCCAGGUAUGGUUGGACUAAAUAACAUCAAAGCUAACGAUUAUUGCAAUGUUAUCUUACAAGCUUUGGCACAUGUCGUUCCUUUAAGAAAUUAUUUCCUGCAAGAAAAUAAUUACAAAAAUACUAAGCGGCCACCUGGCGAUACAUCAUUUCGCUUAGUUCAACGUUUCGGUGAACUAAUACGCAAAAUUUGGAACCCUAGCAACUUUAAAACACAUAUAAGUCCCCAUGAAAUGUUACAGGCUGUAGUUUACUGCAGUAAGAAGCAAUUUCAGAUUACCGAACAAGGCGAUCCAAUUACAUUCUUGUCUUGGAUGCUUAAUCAUUUACAUAUGUCUUUGAAUGGAACAAAGAAAAUGAGAUCUAGCAUAAUAUAUAAGACUUUUUGCGGUCAAAUGCGUAUCUAUAAGAGAAAAGUAAUACCAGAAGAGACCCCUGAACUUCAAAAAUUAGAGUUAAUGGAACUAGAUGAAUAUAAAGAAACUCAAUCUGUAGCACCUUUUCUGUAUUUGACAUUGGACUUGCCUCCCGCACCAUUAUAUCAGGAUGAACUGAACGAAAAUAUUAUUCCUCAAGUUCCUUUAUCUGUAUUACUAGCUAAAUUUGAUGGGACUUCUGAAAGGGAAUACAAAACAUAUAAAGAGACCUUUAUGAAACGAUUUGAAUUAAUCCGAUUACCUCGUUAUUUGAUCUUAUAUGUAAAAAGAUUUACAAGAAACAAUUUCUUUGUCGAGAAAAAUCCGACGAUUGUUAAUUUUCCGAUCGUCGAACUAGAUAUGGCUGAAUAUUUGUCAUCGGAUCCAGCUGUACAAGAUGCUCAUCCUGUAACCACGUACAAUUUAGUCGCUAAUAUCAUUCAUGAUGGCCAACCAGGAGCUGGAAAAGGAAUUUAUCGGGUUCAUUUGCGUCAUAGGGGUUCGAAACAGUGGUACCAAGUACAAGAUUUACAUGUAGAAGAUAUUUUGCCCCAAAUUAUAACACUUUCCGAGGCCUAUAUACAGCGAGGAAUGUAUCGAGCGUUCGACUUUAUAGGCACCGUUUUAAAUAGCGGUCCAUUAACAAUUGUUGGCUAUUUUAGAAUUUUACUAUCUUCAUUACUUGCAAUACACAAAGAGAAAAAUUUUAGAAUUCACUUAGCUUUAUAA